UCUUCCUCCGGUUACAAGGAACAGGGAUCUAGCCUACGUCAUUUUUAUUGACAUCGUGCGCAUUUUAGCUUAGUAAUACCUUUAUAUGCAGACACGAAGGCGCUAAAUCUGCAAUAAAAUCCAAUAAAAUGUGAAAUCACAUGAAGCAAUUGGUGAAGUAAGGUUCGAUAAUACUUGCCAUUAUCUCAGAACUCGUUAGUGUCUCAUAGACUUAAAUGGGAUACGGAGGGGCAAACAAGGUCGGGUUGGGCUAUGCUACGUUUUAACAAGUUAACUAGCCAAUAUUAACACAAGCAGGGCAGUGCUUUAACUUUAGCCAUCCAGCGAAUUUGUCAUUUAAUGUGUCACUGCGUUUUUGGUGCAACGUGGCGGGUUAAUUAUUGUAAAAUAUUAAGCUUCAUAUAGCUGGUUAAAUUAGAGAGCACCAGUUCGCGAACGGCGGUAGGCUGCUACCGAAGGGAUUGCGCUGAAAGCAGGCAAUGACCUGCUAAGGACUAUUUAGUGUUUUAGCCGCUUGUGUUAGCAUUCCUUGAAGUAGUGUGACCAUUCUCAUCACAUUGCAGUUCGUUCUUUUUCGCAUUUGAUCCUUUUGGGUAACCUUAAACCUUAGGACAAUGGCGCCGCGCUUACAGUUGGAGAAAGCGGCUUGGCGUUGGGUGGAAUCUGUAAAACCCGAAGACAUCGGACAGGAGCAUAUCGAGCUAGCGUACCGCAUCAGCCUUCCGGCCUGCAAGAGGGGAAACUGCAGGAGGAACUGCAAAGGAAAUCCCAACUGUCUUGUUGGGAUUGGUGAACAGACGUGGCUUGGGGAGAUUGAUGAAAAUGCUUUCCACAAUAUUGAUGACCCAAAUUCAGAGCGCAGAGAUAAGAACACGUUUGUUGGUUUGACCAAUCUGGGAGCUACAUGUUAUGUCAACACCUUCUUGCAAGUGUGGUUCCACAACCUUGAGUUGCGAAGAAGCCUCUAUCAGUGCUACAAUUCCCGUGCACAGGAACACAACACAGAGUCAGAUUAUGAACCUCAGUCCAUUUGUGAGCAUCUGCAAUAUUUAUUUGCACUACUACAGAACAGCAACAGAAAAUACAUUGAUCCUUCAGGGCUGGUUAAAGCUCUUGGCCUAGACACUGGGCAGCAGCAAGAUGCCCAAGAGUUUUCAAAGCUCUUCUUAUCCUUGUUGGAGGAUACAUUGUCCAAGCAGAAGAACCCAACCCUGCAAAAUGUCAUUCAGCAGCAAUUCUGUGGACAGUUCUCCUAUGUAACUGUCUGUAACGAAUGUGGGCGAUCGUCUGCACUGCCCUCCAGAUUCUACGAACUCGAAUUGAACAUUCAGGGCCACAAGAACCUCACAGAGUGUGUUACAGAGUUCCUGAAGGAUGAGAAACUGGAUGGAGACAACCGUUACUUCUGUGAAAGCUGUCAAAGUAAACAGAACGCUACCCGGAGGAUCAGACUGCACAGUCUCCCGCCAACCCUCAACCUGCAACUCAUGCGCUUCGUCUUUGACAGACAAACAGGCCACAAGAAGAAACUCAACACAUACAUCAGUUUCCCUGAGCAACUGGACAUGGCGCCUUUUUUUGAAGUUACAAACGAUCAGAAGUGUGUUUAUGAACUGAGUGCAGUGCUGAUCCAUCGUGGCAUCAGUGCCUACUCAGGGCAUUAUAUUGCCCAUGUGAAAGACGCUCGUACCAGCGACUGGUAUAAAUUCAAUGAUGAAGAAAUUGAAAGGAUGGAAGGCAAGAAGCUGCAGUUGGGUACGGAAGAGGAGAUUGCUGAAACUGUGAAGUCUCAGACACGAAAGCCCAAGUGCAGUAAAGGCUACCACUGCUCCAGAAAUGCCUACAUGUUGGUGUAUAAGAUCCAGGAAGAGGAAUCCUUGGAUCCCUCGACGACAAUAGUUCAAGUGCCUGAGUUCCUUCAGAGGUUGGUGGACCAAGACAACCAUAAAUUUGAGGAGUGGUGCAGUGAAAUGUCAGACAUGAGGAAACAGAGUGUGGAUAAGGGCAAAGCAAAGCAUGAGGAAGUGAAGGAGCUAUACGAGCUUUUACCUGCAAGAGACGGAGAACCUUAUGAGUUUAUACCUCUGGAUUGGUUGAAGAAGUGGUUGGAUGACUCUACUGCUACAAAGAAAAUUGACAACUUAGAGUUCCUGUGUUUUCAUGGAAAACUGCAUCCAGACAGGGUGGGAGAUGCCAAGAGGGUUUCUCAGCAAGCUGGGCAGGUCUUGUACGAGCGUUACGGUGGAGGGCCAAGGCUGGAUGGCUCCACUCUAUGCCGAGAGUGUGUGGAACAGCGAUGCAGGGUGCUACGUCUAAAGAAUCAACUUAAUGAGGACCACAAGGAAGUCUCCAAUCUGGUCAAACGUACAGUCAGCGGUGAAGGCUACUGGGUGGGCAAAACCUCCCUGCGCAGUUGGAAGCAGUUGGCUUUGGAACAAUUGGAGAAGGAUGAACAUGAAAGCAAUCCGAGCAAUGGUCAGAGCAAUGGGAAGGGACCACAUGCCAACAACAGCCAAGAUGGCGGCCCUGAGCUCUCAGAGGGAAACGAGGAGGACAUGAAGAUGUUCAAUGAGGACAUUGUCUGCAGUCAUGGAGGUCUGAGUAUUCUGGACACUGAACGUAAACUGGUCUCUUCUGAAGUUUGGACCAAGCUUAGAACAUACUUCCCCAAAGCCCAAGAAUUUACCCAAGACCAAAGUCCCUGUCCACAGUGUCUGACACUGGAACAGGAAGAAAAGGACAAUGAGGCUGUGAGUAAGAUGAUGGCUCUGGACCAGAAGAACCAGCUACUCAACCUCUUUCAUGAGAAGAACCGACCAACCCUCACCAAGUGGCCUCAGGUAGACACAGACAUACUUUAUGUUGUUCCUCUGUUUUUUGUGGAUGAGUGGCGAAAAUUUAUCAGGCGACCCACUAAAUCCUCCCCAGUGUCCAAUGUGGGCAACAGCCUUCUGGUUUGUCCACAUGGAGGCUUCAUGUUCACCUACGACUCCCUGAUCAACGGAGACGCACAACACAUCGCUCUGCUCUGGCCCAGUGAAUGGGAGGUAAUCAGCAAACUCUUCAUUGUUGACCAGCCCAUCUCCAUCCACUGCUUCAAACAGACCACAUCCCUGGGUCCCACCACUAAAUACACCACUCAGCCUGAUCUCUGCUGGGAGUGCAGAGAGGGGUUCCUUUUCCAACAACAGAAAGACCUCAGAGAAUACACCCAAGCCACAGUUUACAUCCGUAAAAUUAUUGACGACAAAAGGAUAAUUAAAGAAGCAGUUCCAGAGCUGAACGCCAGCAGCUCUGAGGCAGAGGAGGAGAAGGAAGAGCAACCAAAGGUAGCUGGAGAGAGAGAUCCAGACUUCAGCCAGUCAGAAGAUGGUGCAAAGCGGCUUAAACUAAAUGACGGCAAUAUCGCCGAAGGAGUGGCUUCUCCAGGAACCAACACAACCAAACUCAGUGUAAUCAGGAGAAGCACUCGGCACCGGAAACUCAGAGGUGAAAAAGCCCUCAUUGUUUCGGCAAAUCAGACCCUCAAAGAGCUGAAAAUUCAGAUUAUGCAUGCGUUCUCUGUGGCGCCGUUUGACCAAAACCUAUCCAUUGAUGGGAAAAGUCUGACAGACGACUCAGCCACAUUGGGUACUUUGGGUGUCAUUCCAGAGAGUAUCAUCUCUCUAAAGGCUGAUGAGCCAAUAGCUGAUUUUGCAGCAAUGGAUGACGUCUAUCAAGUGGGAAUGCCUGAAGAGGGAUUUAAAGGUAAGCAUUUUUCACACCAAUGUAUCUGGUCCGAUGCUUUUUCUCUCUCAAAGCUGGAUGUGGCGGGUCCCGGAUAGGUCUCUGCUAGGGCUGCACGAUAUUUUGUUUGAGCAUCGUCAUCGCGAUGUACGUGUGCGCAAUAGUCAUAUCGCAGGGUCUGCUGCGAUGUUGGUGUUCUGUAAUAUACAGUGAAUCAACGAUAAUAUUAAAAGUGACCAGCAGAGGGACCUGUUUGGACAUGCUAAUAGUAGAAAGAAUGUAUGCCUGCUGCAUUUCCUAUUUCACUCUCCAGAAUGAAACCAGGUAGGCAUCUGCAGCUGCGUGAGUGCGAAAGGUGCGUUCAGGGACACUGCGUAAAUAGGAAUGAAUGUUCUGUUGAAAUUAGGGUUGAGAAUCGAGAACCUAUUGGAACUGGGACUAACGUUCCGGUUCUCCCGGAAUCGUUCAAAUUUGAAAAUUUCGGUUCCCAAUUUCAAUGCCUAGUCCGCCGACCUCGAAGAAGAAGUGGCGAAAAUCAGCAAAGAAGCGGUGAAAACCAACGAAGAAGAACGCACAGGAAGACGUGCUUCUGACCAACGGCGACGAAUAAAAGUGUCUUUGUUAAAAUUAAUGACCAGUCGCCUCAGUGCAACAUUUGGAAUAAGAUUAUA